AAUAAACCCGAGCCGGUGCCGAGGAGCUAUCUACAUAGCUGAAAAAUGGACCACAAAGCCGCUCUCGGCUCCGGGUACCACACGGCAACCGCCCAAAGCCGCCUCUUUUACCCAAACAGGAAAUCCCGUUAAGCGAAACCGGCUUAAGGACGUCGUAUGAAAAGUCAUGACACUGCUAUCUCGACUUCUCGAGAUUGUAUUUAAGCAGAGGGGAUCCAAUUGUGGACUAGACCCGAUCUGCCAUUCAGACAACUUCAGAAAUCGACUCAAUCUUUAGUCAGCUAAGCCAUGUCAGAGAUCUCAUCACGCACUAGCGACAGAGGGCACGACAUCGAAUCAUCUACGGCGGAAAAAGCUUUCGAAGAUGGCUUCGACACCGACAUUACGAAGUCGCCAGAAGAUAAGGAGGCGGGCGGGCCAUUAACUCACCCCAGAAAUGCCAACGCAGACGCAGAACCACCAAGCGAGCAACCCGAGCUCGACCAGCGCCCCAACUACACCGUCUUCACCGAGUGGGAGAAAAGGGGGAUCGUAGUCGGCGCCGCCAUCGGGGCCUUCUUCUCGCCGCUGACGGCGCAGAUCUACCUACCGGCCCUCAACGUCUUGGCGGCCGACUUCGACGUCACGGUCAGCCAGAUAAACCUCACGGUGACGACGUACAUGAUAUUCCAAGGCCUAACACCGAUGUUCGUCGGGUCCCUAGCCGACACCGCGGGCCGGCGUCCCGCGUACUUCAUCUGCUUCAUCAUCUACAUCUGCGCGAACAUCGGAUGUGCCCUCGCGCCCAGCUACCCAGCCCUGCUAGUCCUGCGCAUGCUGCAAUCAGCGGGGUCCAGCACGACCGUAGCUCUGUGCCAGGCCGUCGUCGCGGACAUAAUCACGUCCGCGGAACGCGGGCAUUACGUCGGAUACACGUCCUUACCGAUCCUGCUGGCGCCGGCCGUGGGGCCGAUCAUCGGGGGGAUAUUAGCGCAGUUCGUGGGGUGGCGGUGGAUAUUCUGGCUCCUGGCUAUUCUGGCUGGGUUUGUGUUGGUCCUGCAUGCGUUUUUCCUGCCGGAGACGUGUCGCGAGAUCGUGGGCGAUGGGUCGGUGCGCCCGCACCCGGUGUACCGCACGGGGUGGCAGCUGUGCAAAGACGCGUUGAGACGGCGGCGCGAGAGGCGUAAGAAUAAGGAUAACGGAGGGGGUGGUUCGUUGACACAUACAGCGUCGCGGACGUCGACGCGACGCAGUUUCCGGGUUGGGAAGUUUAAUAUAUGGCAAUCGGUGAUCAUCCUAGCGGAGAAGGAGAUGUUCGUGCUGCUCUCGUACGGCAGCAUCAUAUUCACGGGGUUCUACUGCAUCGCGACCGUGAUGCCCACACAGCUAGGGGAGAACUACGGUUUCGAUGAGAUCCAGAUCGGGCUUAUGUACCUCCCCAUGGUAGGCGGGAGUAUGGGCGCCGCUUUUGUGAACGGGAAGUUGAUGAAUUGGAAUUACCGCCGCCAUUGCAAGCUCAGGGGCGUUCCGUUCGAGCGCAGCAAGCAGCAAGAUUUAGAUGAUUUUCCGAUCGAGCGCGCGAGGCUGGAGAUUGCUGUUCCGAUGCUGAUUAUUACUGUUCUGGUUACCUUUGGCUGGGGCUGGGCAUUCCAAUACCGCGCCCACAUUGCUGUGCCAUGUGUUCUGCUAUUUAUCGCCGGGUGGGCCGUGGUUGGGUUUAGCAAUGCGAUAAACGUGCUGUUGGUUGACGUGAACCCGGGAAAAGCAGGCGCGGCUACUGCAAGUAAUAACUUAACUAGAUGCCUGGUUGGUGCCGCGGCGACCGCGGUGAUUGGUCCCAUGAUAAACGGGGUUGGCAUCGGGUGGGCGUUUACGAUUCUUGGCUUCAUAUACAUUGCUUUUUCGCCCAUGAUAUUCCUGGUUAUGAAUUAUGGCAUCCAAUGGAGAAAAGAGAAACGGGAUCGUCAGGCAGCUAAAGAACGGAAGAAUGAGGCUACUACUCAGAGUUAGGUUACCAUGUCCUAGACAUAUAGAGUACACGCUAACGAGGUCAUUAUAAACGAUGGUACUAUUCAAUACGCUUCUUCUGUGAAGGACGGCCUGAAGUAUGUUUGUGGAUAGAUUUAUUGGGUAUACUGUUCUAUUCGUGGUGCUUAGGUACGUAGUAUGGUAAUUUGCGUU